AUGUCGCCGAUCCGAACCAUAACACCAAUCAACAAGAACUGGGAGUUUAAGCAGGCCGACAAGGACGGAGCCGAGUUUCUCCCGGUCGCCCAAUUCCCCACCAACGUUCACCUCGACCUGCUGCACCACAAGCUCAUCCCGGACCCCUUCAUCGGCAAGAACGAGCUCGACGUGCAGUGGAUCGGCGAGGCGAAAUGGACAUAUAGGACAACCUUCUCGGCGCCCAAGGUGUCACCCUCAGGCGAUGACGGAGUCAGGGCUGUCAUCGCCUUUGAUGGCCUCGACACCUUUGCCACGGUGCUGCUCAACGGCAGCCAGAUCCUCGUCACGGACAACAUGUUUAUUCCCGAACGAGUCGACGUGACCAAUGAAAUCAGGGAGGGCGAGAACGAGCUGGUCAUUCACUUUGACAGUGCCUACCUGAGGGGCUGGCAGUUGGUUGAGAAGUACCCCGAUCACAAAUGGGGUUGCUGGAACGGUGACGUAUCGAGGUUGGCUGUCAGGAAGUCGCAGUACCACUGGGGCUGGGACUGGGGCCCAGCUUUGAUGGUCUGCGGCCCGUGGCGUCCCAUCACCUUUGAGAUCUACAAUGGCAGAAUUGCAGAUCUAUACGUUGAAACAGAUAUCCCAGAGAGCUUGGAAUCGGCCAAAGUGGUGGCUCACGCCGUGGUAGAGGGCAAGGCUGAUAGAGUCAAACUUGAAAUCUCCCUUGACGAAAAUGUAGUCGCCACGGAGACAGUGCCCGUUUCUGACUCCGGAAACACCUCAGCCACCUUCCAUGUCCAGAAGCCAUCUUUGUGGUACCCUGUCAGAUAUGGAAAGCAGCCGCUGUACACUGUCAAGGCAACACUAAUUUCUGGGGAGCAAGACUUUGACACCGUCUCCAAAAAGAUUGGCCUAAGGCGAGCAGAGCUGGUCCAACAAACGCUUAAAGACCAGCCAGGCAAGAGCUUUUUCUUCCGCAUCAACAACAUCCCCGUCUUCUGCGGUGGCUCUGACUGGAUUCCCGCCGACAACUUCCUCCCUCGCAUCACAGCACAAAAAUACCACGACUGGGUCAAGCUUGUCGCUGACGGUAACCAGUUCAUGAUCCGGGUAUGGGGCGGCGGUAUCUACGAGGAACAAGCGUUUUACGACGCCUGCGAUGAGCUGGGAGUCCUGGUCUGGCAGGAUUUCAUGUUUGGAUGUGGCAACUACCCUGCCUGGCCUGAAAUGCGCGAAUCGAUUAAGCGUGAAGCUACAGAGAAUGUCAAGCUGCUCCGUCAUCACCCGUCUAUCGUAAUCUGGGCUGGCAAUAACGAGGACUACCAAUACCAAGAGUCAGAGGGCUUGACCUAUGACUACGCAGACAAAAACCCGGACAACUGGCUGAAAACCGACUUCCCUGCUCGUUAUAUAUACGAGAAGAUCCUGCCCGACGUUUGCGCGGAGCUGUGCCCGGACGUCUACUACCACCCAGGCAGCCCCUGGGGCGACGGCGUCAACACCCACGACCCCACCGUCGGCGACAUCCACCAGUGGAACGUGUGGCACGGCACGCAGGAGAAGUACCAAAACUUUGACAAGCUGGUUGGCCGAUUUGUGUCCGAGUUUGGCAUGGAGGCUUUCCCGAGCGUCAAAACCAUCGAUGCAUACUUGCCACUCGGCAAGAACGAUCCGGACCGCUACCCACAGAGCAGUACCGUCGACUUUCACAACAAGGCAGACGGCCACGAGCGGCGGAUCGCACUGUACCUGGUAGAGAACAUGCGUUAUGCGCCCGACCCGCUCGAGCAGUUUGUCUACAGCACGCAGCUGAUGCAGGCCGAAUGUCUGGCCAGCGCUUAUCGGCUAUGGAAAAGGCAGUGGAAGGGACCCGGGCGUGAGUACUGCGCCGGCGCGCUGGUGUGGCAGAUCAACGACUGUUGGCCCGUUACAAGCUGGAGCAUCGUAGACUUCUACCUCCGGCCCAAACACGCCUACUACACGGUCAAGCGGGAGAUGGCGCCAUUGAGUGUCGGCAUGACGAGGAGGGAGCACAAAAAGGCCGCUGACAAGUACACGCGAGUCAAUAUCAAGACCAAGGUCCUUAUCGAGGCUUGGGGGAGCAAUCUCCGGCUCGAGGAUCUGACUGUUGACGUCGUGCUGAAAGCAUGGGACGUCGAGACGGGUGAGGAGACUUUCAGCGAGACGGUCGAGAAGGACUUCGCUCUACCCGCGAACCAAAGCACCGAGAUCCUUUCACGCGAGGUGCCCGUGAGGAAAGCUGGUGACGAGGGUAGGACGGUCUGCGCGACGUACCUCAUCGACCCCGAGGACGGGCGGCAGCUGGCACGGUACGUCAACUGGCCCGAGCCGCUCAAGUACCUGCACUUCACCAAGCCAGAGAAGCUCAUAGCGGAGCUGGUAGAAGGCGGCAAGUUCGUUGAGGUUAGCGCCGAGUAUCCGGUGAAGGGCGUAGCUGUCGAGUGUGAGGAUGACGAGGUCGUGUUUGAGGACAAUUUGGUCGACAUUGUUCCCGGUGAGAUUGUGAGGAUUGGUGUUAGGGGUGCGAAGGACGACACAGUCAUCACGACAAGGUAUUUGGGUAUGAUUUAA